UGUCAAUUCCGUCCCGUGCCCAACCGCCCCGAGACUUCCUGCUCCAUAAGCCUCUUGCCCCCGCCCUGCGUCCCGAAACUGCUGACAGGCCUAUGCCAUUCAACGCGAAUGUCUCUGUACCACCUAGUUUUCCCAAACAAAAGGCCUCAACUGCCUGUCGCGAGUGCAAGCGCUUAAAAUGCAAAUGUUCCGUCGGAAGGGAACCACGGUGUGUGACCGAUGCAUCAAAAAUCAGACCCUGUGUGUCUUCGACCUGGACGAGGAUAUGCGACGGAAGCUCUCCCACAAGCGCAAGCUUAACGAACUGGAAGCAGAGCGUGAUUUCUUGCUGCAGCUGGUGAAUACGCUGCGCGACAGCUCCGAUGACAAGGCCCUGCAGCUACUGGGUCUCAUUCGCAGUCAAACACCCCCUGCCGAAUUACAGCUCUACAUCGAAAAUGUCAUAACCGAUGGGGAUCGGCAGCAGAGUCCUCUUUGGGCCGACAUGUACGACCGCACGCGGUCGCCAUCCAACACAAUAGACUUCCAUUGCCCCUCCCUGCAUCGCGCUCCGACUAUCAAGCGACUGCCCAGUCCUCCCGUCUUUCACGUCCCCGCAGAGCCCUGGACGUCGGUCACCAAAUCCGAUGAUUUUGUAUCAUAUUUGGUCUCACUCUGGCUUACGUGGAGUCAGCCUUUCAUUGGAUUGAUCGCGACCUUUUCCUCCACGAUGCUCAGACAGCGGAUCUCAGUUCUCAGUACUGUUCUCCGUUUCUGAUGAACUGCAUUCUUACAGAAGCAUGCGUAAGUGCUUCCGUAUGAUGGAAUCUUUGCAGUCACUAAUCACCAAAUCCCUAACAUAGUUCUAUUCGGAUCACCCCGAAGC